GUGGAAGGGCGGUGCUGCAGCUCGCUAUAUUGCAGAGAACCCAGGAGCGCUUGACCCCCUCUUUGCUCUGAGUUUCGUCGAGUGUCAACCGCCAAGUGAACCGGGCCGGGAGACAUGGCUGGAUAUUUGAAAGUCCUCAGCUCUCUUUCGAAGUCUGCUGCUGCCUUUUCCAGAAACCCUGCGGUUCUUGCGCCGGCUGCAAAUUGCCAGACUUUGUCUCAAAGAAACUAUGCCGACAAACGCAUCAAAGUGGCCCAGCCGGUGGUGGAGAUGGACGGAGACGAGAUGACCAGGAUCAUCUGGGAGUUCAUCAAGGAGAAGCUCAUCCUGUCCAAUGUUGAUGUUGAGCUGAAAUAUUUUGACCUGGGUCUUCCGUACCGUGACCAGACUGACGAUCAGGUCACCAUCGACUCUGCCCUGGCUACUAAGAAGUACAGCGUGGCGGUUAAGUGUGCCACCAUCACACCUGACGAAGCCAGAGUGGAAGAGUUUAAGCUGAAGAAGAUGUGGAAGAGCCCGAAUGGAACCAUCAGGAACAUCCUGGGGGGCACCGUCUUCCGUGAGCCAAUCAUCUGCAAGAACAUUCCCAGGCUUGUUCCAGGUUGGACGCAGCCCAUUACCAUCGGCAGACAUGCCUUUGGUGAUCAGUACCGAGCUACAGACUUCGUGGUGAACCAGCCAGGCAAAUUCAAGAUCAUCUUCUCACCUGCUGAUGGUAGUGCAAGCAAAGAGUGGGAAGUCUACGACUUUCCUGCUGGUGGCUGUGGAAUGGGAAUGUACAACACAGAUGAGUCUAUUACAGGCUUUGCACACAGCUGUUUCCAGUAUGCUAUUGCCAAGAAGUGGCCCCUGUACAUGAGCACCAAGAACACCAUCCUUAAAGCCUAUGAUGGCAGAUUUAAAGACAUCUUCGAGGACAUAUUUCAAAAGCACUACAAGCCCGAGUUUGACAAACUGAAGAUCUGGUAUGAGCACAGGCUUAUUGAUGAUAUGGUCGCUCAAGUGCUCAAGUCUUCUGGAGCAUUUGUGUGGGCUUGCAAGAACUAUGACGGAGAUGUUCAGUCUGAUAUCCUGGCACAGGGUUUUGGCUCUCUGGGAUUGAUGACAUCAGUUCUCGUGUGCCCAGACGGCAAGACGAUUGAGGCUGAGGCGGCCCAUGGCACUGUGACCAGGCACUAUCGCGAGCACCAGAAGGGAAGGCCGACCAGCACCAAUCCCAUUGCCAGCAUUUUUGCCUGGACCAGAGGCCUGGAGCAUCGUGGCAAACUUGAUGGCAACCCAGACCUUAUAAAGUUCUCCCAGACUCUGGAGAGGGUAUGUGUUGAGACUGUUGAGAGCGGCACUAUGACCAAGGAUCUUGCAGGCUGCAUUCACGGCCUGUCCAAUGUCAAGCUGAACGAGCAUUACGUCAAUACUACGGACUUCCUUGAUGCCAUCAAGACAAAUCUGGAUAAGGCCCUUGGCAAGUGAAGGACUUGAAAGAAUGAAGUUAGAGUGAAGAUGACGGUGUCACUCAUCUGUUUUUGUACCUCAUUUUUAACUUAAAAAGGUCAACUUAAAAGUAAAGCAAUGUACUGUCUGUAGGAUUAUAUAGUGUUUGAUUAGGUUAUUAAAUGGUUGACAGCUGCCGUUCCACCUGAUGCCCCCUGACUAUCUGUCCCACUAUUCACAAGGUUUUAUUUUUGUAAUGUGAAGUACUGUAUUGAAUACUGUGUUAUGCCUUGGGCAGGACUGAAGCCUCUGUCAAACAUUUGCCAAUAAAUCACUUGUUUGACCCAC